AUGGCAACACCAUCAGGGAGAACACCCUGUGAGCGCAGUCACCCACGUGUAUCUCCGUACAGUGGUCGAGCGGAGACAGGUCGCUCAAGGCAGACUUCGGCUGACGAAACUCUACCGGCGCUUGCUGCUGUCGAAGAGACCCAAGCAUCAACUGAGGGUUCUCAUCCGGCACUUGCUUCAGGCCGAUAUCUCCACCAGCUGCUCGUUCAGCUUAUCGUCAAAGAAACAGUGGGGCAGCGCGACACAUCCGGCAAUCCUCUCAACACCGCUGUCAUAAGUGGAGGUUCUUUCAGCGGGAUACUGGAAAAACUGUGGGGUCUCUAUGGCUCCCGUGUGAAAAGCCGAGCAGUGAAGACUGAUGGCGUUUAG